AUUAUUCACCUCCAACAAGUGUUGGCAUUCAGAUGCUGUUCUCCUUUUCGACCUCGACCAUCUCGAAGAAUUGAAUUCGUUCAACAAAGUGAAGAAUUACAAAAUCUAACGAAGGAAAUACGAAGAAAGUGUGUCCCGCUCCCGCUCCUGACCUGAUUGAUAAUAUUGAAAGAUGGCCAGUGGGAGUCUGAGUAGCAGCAGUGCCGCCGCCUCAUCUUUGAUCCAUCCGUUCGGAGGUCCUGGUUCUUCUUCGGUGACGGAAAACACGUCGACGGGCAGCGUGACUCCGCCGCCGUCGGGCCAGCACUUGACGUUGGAAUCGGCAAACCAUCCGCUGUUGAGUCAUCACUUGGUGAUGAAGAACGAGCGGCAUCAGCACCAGCACCGGCUCUACCAGCCGUACGUCAAUCACGUUCCGCUUCACCACCACCAGCACAUCCAGCACCACCACCACCAUCAUCUCCAGCAACAACAACAGCAACAAAUACUGGAGAAUCACUACGAUUUGAGCCAACAUUAUCCGGUGGCGUCGACCAGUUCCAAUAACCUGGUCGGCGGAACCGAUUCCCGGUGCAGUUCCGUCUCCUCUUCCGGCGGCGCCGAUCAACACCACCAACAGCACGUCGUCGGAUUGACACUCAAGAGCGAACAACCUCAGCAAAACAGUUUGGAUCAGACCAGCAGCUUGGAACUCCUCGACAACGCCAAUUUGUCGUACGGCGAAGAUCCGCAACAGCGCCAUUCGUCAUCCGGCGGCGACCGUCUGGAUUUGCAUCAUAACGGCCCCUCGUCGGCAUCUUCGACUUCUUCCUCUUCUCUGGGCCACAACAACAACAACAACAACAGCAGCAACAACAACAACAACAACAGUAAAUCGAUGACCGGCCCGUCGGCCGGCUCGUCUUCGCUGGCCAUGGCCUUCAGCACCGAUCAAGUCGCUUGCGUCUGCGAAGCUCUCCAACAGGCCGGCGACAUGGAACGUCUGUCACGAUUCCUGUGGUCGCUUCCGGCUUCCGAGUUGAGCGGCAGCGCCAGCAGCGAGUCGGUCCUGCGGGCCCGGGUGGCCGUCGCCUUCCACCGCGGCAACUACCGCGAACUCUACAACCUGCUGGAAUCGCACAGUUUCAGCUCGCAGUACCACCAGGAAUUGCAGAACAUUUGGUACGGAGCCCACUACAAGGAGGCUGAAAAGGUGAGGAACCGGGCGUUGGGAGCCGUGGACAAGUACCGACUGAGACGCAAGUAUCCGCUGCCGAAGACCAUCUGGGACGGCGAGGAGACCAUCUACUGCUUCAAGGAGAAAUCCCGCGCCGCUCUCAAAGAUUGCUACAGGCAAAAUCGCUACCCGACUCCCGACGAGAAACGCACCCUGGCCAAAAAGACGGGACUGACGCUGACCCAAGUCUCCAAUUGGUUCAAAAACCGACGCCAACGCGACCGGACCCCACCCCAACAACAGAGAAGUGACGAUUGCCUGGGCAGCGAUAACGGACUACCGACGACUCCCAUCAACGGAGCGUCUUCCUCAUCUGGGCACGUUCUGCACCACCACCACGGCGGAAUCGGCGGGAGCGACUUGCUGAGCGAAUUGAAGCCCAACAGUUUCACGCUGGGCAACAAGCUCCUCUUCGACGACAGCGUCCACAAUCCAUCCGGAAGCGGCGGAUUGAUGGCCGCGUCCAGGAGCAUGAGUUCCCUGAUGGCCUCCCAAUUCGGCGGAGGAUCCAAGGAUCCGCACACCAGCAGCCUGCUGCACCUACCAUCGGCGGCCUUUGCCAGUUACCAUCCAUCCGGAAGCCACGGCUACGACGGCGGAUCAGUGGCCACCCUGGCCAAUCUCCACGUCGCCCAUCAACACGUCGUUCAACCCUCGGCUCUCUACCAUGGCCAUCGGGACCAGGCCUUUUCUCACGCUUAAUCGCAUUUAAAAAAAAUUUUAAAUAGAAAAGAAAAACAAAAAUUUAAUUUCUCAAAAUCCCAGUCAGAAUUAUUAAAAAAAACAAAAAACAAAAAAAAACCAAUUUUUUUUUCCCGUUUCAUUUUUAUUUUUCCUCCGUGAGUCAAAUGUGUUUUAUUGCUAUUUCGAUUAUUUCUUCGUUUGUUGUGUCCGUCAUUUAUUAUGUAAUUGGUGCCAACAGAAAAAUAAUUUGAUGGGGUUUUUGUACAUCAGGAUCGGUGUUUUCUCGGCCUCCCCUAUUCUUAAUUAUAACCCGCUGGCAAUAGUUAAUUGUCGUUGUCUUUUUAUUCGUGAAAUCCAUCGGCGUCAGUCUUUUGUAAUUGUGUCUCUAUUUCUUUAAUCUUAUAUCUUCAAACUAUAUUAUAACUCUCUUCUCGGCGUUAUGACUCAUUUUCCUUUCCUUCUCAAAUGUUGUUCGUCAACUCACUCGCGAGACGAUCUCAAUGUGAUAGAGGAUUGCAUCAUCAAAUUGGAAACAAAUUAAUAAUACCUAAUAGCAAUUAAAGGAAAUAACGAAGUCAACUUGACCGGACAGUUUUAGAUCAAUUCAAGCCAGAUAUUUAGUUUAAAUAAAAGAAAUAUACUCCUGGGGGGGGGGGCAGAUGGAGUCAAGCGAACGUGUCUAAAUAGAUUCAAAAAAUUAUAAGUGAAUAAAAUAAGGCGAUCUUGUGAUACAUGUAAUGAACAUUUGUAUGAAUUCUUCAGUCUACUAGACGUAUCAAUACACACUGCAACAUA